AUGUGCAGAAUCAAAGCGCAAACCCGAAGGUGGGCUGAUAUAAUUGCACCAAGAACUUGGAUUUGGGAAGAUACUUAUUCUAUCGGCGGUCACAAUCACUUGAACAAGUUAUUGAACGAGGUUAUCUCCACGCGCUCUCAAGUUUCUGGACCCCUUUAUGGGUCGCUUUUUAUUUUCAACACGCAGUCAAAUACCCAACUUGGCCUUGAUGGAUAUGAUAACUACCAGGCUCCGUUAGACGUGGAAAAUAAUGAGCUAUAUAAACGCCGAAUGUGGGUUGGUGGGUCCAUCGAGUACUUGAAGUUGCCGCCAGUAUGUGGCGACGUGGUUGUAUGUGAGGAAAACGUCAGUUCAGUGAGGUGUCUUGGGCCUAAUGCAUUUGUCAAUAUUUCAAGAAACUUCCGCAAAGACGAAUCGAUGGUGAUGAAAGAAUACAGAACACUUUUAUACACCAAUGAGCCCUUCCGUGAAAACGCAUCAAGAUUUUCCGAAACCAAAGGCUUUUUGCACUCGCAGAACAUCAAGUUUAGUCUCUCACAACUCAUGCGCUUCAAUGCCUUAUCAUACAAUCUACAUAAAAUUCACUACGAUGCAGAAUUCUGUCAUCAAGAGGAAUUGAAGGGUAUAGUUGUUUCCGGACCAUUCUUGGUGCUGGCAAUGCUACAUUUCUUUUCGUCGUUGCACCCCAAUACAACAAUCCAAGACUUCAGGUACAAGAAUAGCGAACCUUGUUAUGUUGAUGAAGGGCUAAUCAUGGGAAUAAACGAAACAAGCAGAGGGUAUACAAUCCAGGUCAUAGGUGAUGGUCGUUUGAGGUGUGGCGGUUCGGUUUCCAUUGCUGUGUAG